UGCUACCGCCACCAAGCGGACUGGUAGACCAAAAGCGAAUCAAGCUAAAAUAGCGCUCAGGGAACGAUAGUACAGUAGCAAUGGUUUAGAUUGGAAACUCUGUGGCUCAGGGUUCCAUGUCUUUAUCUGCAAACGGACUUCCCGACAAUAGAUCAAGUUGCGAAAAGAUAGCCUUUUCGAAAUAUUAUCAAGAUGUCGUUGUUGGAAUUUGAAGUUGGUAAUCAACCAUAAAAUGUGUUUAAAAAGCGUACGUGUGAUAUGGUCAUACAAGGAACGGGGACGAACUUCCCAUAAAAGGUGUGUCCUGUUGGAACUGUAAUUUCCAGUAAGCAAUGCGGAGUUGUCAACACCACAGCUUUUUCUAUUUGUGUAAAGUGACAAAGUAUUGUUAACACUUUUUAUUUAGUUUGUUCUUUAAAAGAACGAAUGGCUACUUCCUCAAAAUGAUGAUCUAUCAUUGUGAGGGUGAGUGACUUUCUAUUUGCUAUAUCUGUAUGUAAUAAAAGGGAAUCUAGUGGGAAAGUUAGGUCUGUAAACAAAAGCAACAACUGUAGACCCAUAAAAACCAUACUGUAUUGAUAAUCACUUACUUCUUCAUAUUUAGGCUAACAUGUAGCCUAUUGUAAUGUACAGGAAUUUAAACACUAACAGGAAUCAUUUUCGCUUUCUGAUUUCAGAUUGAAUUAUACUGUGUGGUUUACUCUCGAGUACUCAGCAACAAUGUUUCUAUUGCUUAUUAUAUUCACAAACCUUGGGACUUUGAUAGCUGAUGAUGGUAAGCAGUCUUUUUUAUAUAGCCUAUAAACAUGUGAGUAGAUUUAACCUCAGUAUUUUGCCUGAUCAUGAUUAACAUUUGACAAGUUUAUUUUAUUUUUUAUUACUUGUAGUAAUGAGUGAUGAAAAUCUUCAAUGCUUCAACGACAAAGACAAAAGUAUGGUUUGUCAUUUUACAACUGACAAGUCUAAGUGUGCUGAAUACAACAUGACAUUGAAAUUAUUGGACCCACAAAAAAAGUACGUUUAUGAUUGUUUAAGGUUUUCUAUUGUUGAUGUUAAUCUCACCAGGAAGUCAUAUUCCAUUUCAAAAUUGCAUACUUAUUUCCCAGGGUCUGGAAUGAUUGUACUUUCAAGGAAAAGGAGAGGUCCAAUGGUGUUUCCAAAUGUGGAUGUUAUAUUCAUCCAAUGGUACUUGUUAUUGGGGAGGAGUUUAAUGCAACACUUUGGAAUUCUGGGAAGCGCCUAAAUUCCAAAGUAAUCAGUAUCAAAAGCAGCAGUGAGUUGCAUCUACAUAUGCAGAUUUCUAUUUGCAAAUUAAUUACUGUUAUAAAGAAUAUUGCAUGAAAUUAAAACAUGCUUUCAUUGAUUGAUAUGUCAAACGAUCCCUAUCGUUGCCCUAUACAGUAAAACCCAAAACCCCCACUGUCCAAGAGGUGAAACCAACAGAAAAUGGGAAUUUCCUGGUCAAAUGGAAGACAAACUACCCUGAUGAUGCACUGUUUCCUAAGUACUUGAUUGCCGAAUUGAGCUACAGAAAGAAAGGAGAAACAGAUGAGGUAAAGGAGGGUGAUAUGAUAAAACCCUCAUGUUACAGCAUUCCCCCAUUUGCUAUCACAUCACAAAGACAACUUUCCCUCUACCCCUUUCCUUUGUUCCUACAGGUGUCCAAAAAUGACUCAACAACUUCCCAUGAAAUACUUGGCAGAGACUUGGAGCCAAACACCAUUUAUGCUCUGAAGGUCAGAACCUAUACUGACUUUAGCGGCCGUUUCAGUGACUGGAGUGAAGAGUUGGAAUUCACUAACCGUAAGUGAUUAAAGGAGAUUUAUCAUCCAUGGGUUUUCAAACCUUAAUUUCACUUUCACCUUGUAGCUCAUUGUAUACUCUUCUCUGCUCCACAGCUGCAUCAUCUCAGAAAGUGCUCCAGAUUGUCAUUGUUUUAAGUUGCAUUACCGUUAUCAUCAUCACAAGUGCUUUGUUUUGGUGCAGUGUUAGGUAAGUUGUCCUGACUUGUCUUUAGGUGAUAGUACAGUGGGGAAAAAAAUUAUUUAGUUAGCCACCAAUUGUGCAAGUUCUCCCACUUAAAAAGAUGAGAGAGGCCUGUAAUUUUCAUCAUAGGUACACGUCAACUAUGACAGACAAAAUGAGAUUUUUUUUCUCCAGAAAAUCACAUUGUAGGAUUUUUAAUGAAUUUAUUUGCAAAUUAUGGUGGAAAAUAAGUAUUUGGUCAAUAACAAAAGUUUCUCAAUACUUUGUUAUAUACCCUUUGUUGGCAAUGACACAGGUCAAACGUUUUCUGUAAGUCUUCACAAGGUUUUCACACACUGUUGCUUGUAUUUUGGCCCAUUCCUUCAUGCAGAUCUCCUCUAGAGCAGUGAUGUUUUGGGGCUGUCGCUGGGCAACACAGACUUUCAACUUCCUCCAAAGAUUUUCUAUGGGGUUGAGAUCUGGAGACUGGCUAGGCCACUCCAGGACCUUGAAAUGCUUCUUACGAAGCCACUCCUUCGUUGCCCGGGCGGUGUGUUUGGGAUCAUUGUCAUGCUGAAAGACCCAGCCACGUUUCAUAUUCAAUGCCCUUGCUGAUGGAAGGAGGUUUUCACUCAAAAUCUCACGAUACAUGGCCCCAUUCAUUCUUUCCUUUACACGGAUCAGUCGUCCUGGUCCCUUUGCAGAAAAACAGCCCCAAAGCAUGAUGUUUCCACCCCCAUGCUUCACAGUAGGUAUGGUGUUCUUUGGAUGCAACUCAGCAUUCUUUGUCCUCCAAACACGACGAGUUGAGUUUUUCCCAAAAAGUUAUAUUUUGGUUUCAUCUGACCAUAUGACAUUCUCCCAAUCCUCUUCUGGAUCAUCCAAAUGCACUCUAGCAAACUUCAGAUGGGCCUGGACAUGUACUGGCUUAAGCAGGGGGACACGUCUGGCACUGCAGGACUUGAGUCCCUGGCGGCGUAGUGUGUUACUGAUGGUAGGCUUUGGUACUUUGGUCCCAGCUCUCUGCAGGUCAUUCACUAGGUCCCCCCGUGUGGUUCUGGGAUUUUUGCUCACCGUUCUUGUGAUCAUUUUGACCCCACGGGGUGAGAUCUUGUGUGGAGCCCCAGAUCGAGGGAGAUUAUCAGUGGUCUUGUAUGUCUUCCAUUUCCUAAUAAUUGCUCCCACAGUUGAUUUCUUCAAACCAAGCUGCUUACCUAUUGCAGAUGCAGUCUUCCCAGCCUGGUGCAGGUCUACAAUUUUGUUUCUGGUGUCCUUUGACAGCUCUUUGGUCUUGGCCAUAGUGGAGUUUGGAGUGUGACUGUUUGAGGUUGUGGACAGGUGUCUUUUAUACUGAUAACAAGUUCAAACAGGUGCCAUUAAUACAGGUAACGAGUGGAGGACAGAGGAGCCUCUUAAAGAAGAAGUUACAGGUCUGUGAGAGCCAGAAAUCUUGCUUGUUUGUAGGUGACCAAAUACUUAUUUCCACCAUAAUUCGCAAAGAAAUUCAUUAAAAAUCCUACAAUGUGAUUUUCUGGAAAUGUUUUUCUCAAUUUGUCUGUCAUAGUUGACGUGUACCUAUGAUGAAAAUUACAGGCCUCUCUCAUCUUUUUAAGUGGGAGAACAUGCACAAUUGGUGGCUGACUAAAUACUUUUUUCCCCCACUGUAUGUCUGUUUCCACAAACAUUUGUUAUCAUACAGCUUCAAAUUGGCCCUAUAGGCUUUCAAAUCCUCCUGUUUUCCCCCUCUGCAGACUCAAAACCAAGUUGUGGGAUAAUAUUCCUAAAUGUUCAAACUCAGAACUUUUGUAUAUGGUUCCAGGAAUACAUAAGGUGAGGCUCUAUCUCCAAAUAUUAUUUGUUUAAAUAAACCUUCAUUACUUUCCUACUGUAAUUCCUUCCAUUUGUGUAUUUGCAUUUAGUUAUGUUUGUUCUCCACCACAGAUAUUGUCUCCUCCCAAAAUACUUUUGUCCCCCAUCUAUGUUGAUUCUUCAAAAAUGGACAUUGAAGGAAAAACAUGGUGAGCAUAUUGAUGCAAUAUAAACAUAGCAAAAUGUAAAGGUGUCUUCAUGUUCAGUCCUAUUCGCGUGGGCAGUCAAGUCCUUGCAAUGAAAAUAAGCUUUAAUUCACUGUAAAUUGCCCGCUUGUCUUUUCCCUACAGGACAAACCUCUCGAUAGGGGAUGGGAGCAGUGGAAGAGGCCAGCAGCAAGGCAAUGGCUCAGAGCUUGACUCAUCAUCUUCCCUGGGCUAUGCCCACACAUGUUCCAUGAGCCCGGAGACUAGUAAUGUGCAGAUCAUUAGCCAUCUUCAAGAGGCCCUGAGCAAAGUCUUUCCCAGCCUUGUUCCUUUGGACGGGAAUCCUCAGUUAUUGCUCUUGGCCCCUCCUAUGACAGAUGCUUGUACACAAAUGAACUGCCCUGAGUCAAAUAGAGACAGUGGUGUGUGUUCAUCUGACUUCAAUCGUCUUCAUUUAAUGAGUGAGUUUGGAGGCUCUCGUGGGUCGUCUUGUUACAACAAUAUUACCUACUCCCACUCAGUGCCCCUCAACUUCCUUCAAGAGUUAACAACAAGCGAGACAUCCUCAUUUCCUACACAGCCUCUGCUCUUUUGUAACUCCUUCUACCAUACUGGUGAGGCUGAAGUGUUGAAAAAUUGCCAUCCACAGCUGUUUCUUGGUACUGGUCAACAAGACCUUAACUUGUCCACUAACUGUGCACCCCUCUUGCAAACCGACUUUUCAUAUCACCCAUGUGAUGGCGCCAGUGAUGAUUCAGAGACUACCACGUCAGCAGAGGACACCAGUCUGAUCUACGGCUCUAAUGACAGCAAUGUUACCAGUGUCGUUGCUGGAUAUCAGAGCUUCAGUGAGGCGGUCGGUAAGUACAAUGAGCGAGGGACUGAUGCCUUCAUGGACGUGCCACUGCCACUUAAGGGUUUCAAGGAUGUGAAUCCAUGUUACCACAGCCUGCCAGACCCUGGAUGCAGCCUCCCCCCGAGUGACGGCGAUUAUCAGGCUUUACAGAGCCUGGGACAAAAUAGCCCAGAUCAGUGGGUUUCAGGGCAGAGUGCUGAACAAGACAAACUGUUGAACAAGUGUCUGGAGACUGAGAUCCCUCAAAACUCCAUGGGGAACAUGCCUCUAAAUUUCAUACCCAACUCACAGGGAGGACAAUGUCCGAUACUUGGAAGUCCCUUUCUUACUACUUUCUGUUCAGACCAAGCCAUGCAAUUAGACAAUGACAGCUCUUAUCAUUGUGUGUGAUGAUACGGUAGACGCUUUUGCAUUUCACUUUGCUAUUUUUUUUAUCUUGAGGAAUUGAGCUCAUAGAUGUGUUUUUUCAAUAUCAUACAAACGGUUUGAAUACCAUUCUGCCAUGAAAAUGCUGUAGCCUCAAGUCCAGAAAUGGUCCACAUGUUGCAUGUACAGCUACUCUAAAUAAACAUUUGUGUGUGGGAAACUGCAACAGUUAAUUGUUGAAGAGACAUUGUGUGGAUACAUAACAUGUCUUGUCUUUGCCUCGUCUGUCUGAGACAUGUUGUUCAUCAUCUGGGAUGAAAAAAAAAGGGAUGUGUACGUCAGUUGAAAUACUGAGGAAUAACAUCUAGAUUACACAUCAAGGUCGUCAAACUAGUCUCCAGCCUCUAAACGUUACUUAUCUUCUAAUGGCUUCUCAAAAUAGUCAGACAGUUUCAUUGCAUCUGAUGUUUGAUAGGCUAAAUAGUGUUAGCAGUACAACCCUCAUGCAAACAUGGAGGUUGAAUUUCUGAAGAAAAAAGUGGUAGGCCUACUUCCUCAUUGCGCUGUUCCUUCAAACACGUACGUUGCAGCUUCCAUGGAAAUACACACCCACAAAGUAGAGCCAGCCCCCUGAUGUCAUAGAUGUGUUGAGCAAUCAAAAAUAGGGUUUGUUUAGGGUUAUUUUCUGAGGAUGAAGUUCAUGUUUUAUAGUGUUUAUUGUAGUGUUCUUCGCUUAACUG